CCGUCGUCUCAUCGCCUCCGUGAUACUCUCUAUCGUCGUCCCGUCGUCCUGCUCUCCGUCGCGCUCAACCCCUCUCGAAGAUGAUUGAUGAUCAAGAUCUGGGUUUCUUUGCCAAUUUCCUUGGCAUCUUCAUCUUUGUACUGGUGAUAGCUUACCAUUUUGUUAUGGCUGAUCCAAAGUAUGAAAGAAACUAGGGUACUGUGUGGUUGUGAUUUUCAUGUUGUAGACUUACUAUUUUUCUAAUGGAAGUUAAGUUGAUAUAGAAAGGAACUUCAUUUUGAGCAUUUGAUGUGAGUUUACUACUGUAUCUUAUCAAAGACUUCGUUGGCACUAGAUGAAUAUUUUGUUCAGAAACCACUUUGAAUGAUUAUUGAUUAGCUCUUCUCACUGCUGCCGUGCUCGUUCUUCUCUGCUCACUGCUAGUACUCUAAAUGUCACUACAUUUUGUGCUUUUUGUAUUGUUUUUAAUCCAAUGAAGGAAUAGAUGAAUUGAAUUAACUCAAUUAACUAGAUGAGUAGAUGAUCGUUUUUUCUUA